GCAAACGGGAUGACUGUCAUGGCGUCGCACGGAGGCUAAAAAUCGGAAUAUAAACAAAAGACAAAAAAACAAAAAAAUGUAAAAAGAGUUAACUGAAAACCACGAAGUGAAAGAUGAUAUCCAAGAUGUUGGUCUGGGUGGCAGUUGUCAUGGUGAUACCAAUAGUCACCUUGGGUCAGAAGAAGGAUUAUUACAUGGAUAAUACUCAGGACUGCGGGAAAAUCGGUACUGAAACUAUUGCAGAUGGGGUAAUUGUGAACAUUUACGCAAAAACUGGCAGCGGAAAUCCACAGCAGGGCAGCUGCACUAUGAACUUCAUGGCUGCCACUACAGAUGCUACCCUACGGGUGGAGUUCCCAUCCUUCAACAUCCAGAGCUGUCAGGUCUUCCUGCAGCUCUCCGGAGGCGGCAGCUUUCAAGAGUAUAAAUGUGGAGACACCCCUAGUUCGUAUUUCUCCAUUGGUCGUACUGUGGGAAUCACACUGAGCAGACGGGACCAGUCCACUGCCUAUAGCUUCACCCUCAAUGUGAUACCGGUGCCAAGGGACAGGUUCCCUCCAGCCUCUGAUUCCAACCCUGCAUCAGUGGGUCUCAUAGCUGGCCUGGUGGGCUCCAUAUUCGGGCUCAUCUUUAUAGCGUCCUGUAUAGGUGUGUGCUGCUUCCGCAAAUACAAAGCCCGUGGGUCGUCAAAGAGUCCCUAUCUUUAUGAGUCAAACAAGAAGAACGUCGAUAAUGAUGAACUUAAUAACAGUGCAAGUGUUGGUUACACAAACGAGAGUCUAAAUGGUUCACCAUUCUCCAAGAAGAAGCUUCUUGCUCACUCGUCCGACAGCAGUGAAGAGAACAAAGAUUUGCGGGCACCCAAGAGGGAGUUUAAGAGUAGGUUCAAUAGGGAAAAUACAGCAGGAAAUGGUGAGAACACUAAAAAUGGGAGUGCGUUUGUGAUCCCACCGGCACCCCCAGCCCCUAAACUGGACAUUCCGAAUGGUAGACGGGGGUCUUCCAGUGAGGAAAAUAGGGACGUGUUUGGAUCUCAGGAACGGGGCAUUGAUGUGGAGGUACGACCUAAAAACCCUCUGUUAGGAGCUUUAAAAAGCAAUCCAAAGUUUCAGAAUACAUUCAGCUCUACCGAGCGUGACGCUGAAGAAAGAGCAAAAAGGAUUUCAUCAUCAUCUUCCUUUGAAAAGCUGGGCGAGGCCCCAAGGCCUCCUGCGAGUAACACCACAGCAGCCAAGCCAAGUCUUCCAGCAGUUCCAAAAUCUCCCAAAGGAAGGAAGCCUAAAACUGCAGGGAUUCAGCGCGCCCCUCGGCCCCUGUCCAUGUCAGAUGAGGAAGUGGCACAGAUUGAGAGGGGACUGCCAAAGGACGGUCAGGACCCAAAUAUCAAAGUUCUCCAUGACAACAGUACAUCUUCUUCAUCAAGCGAAAUUGUGCCAAUCAGUGUGAAAAACAAUGCAAACGAGAAGCGUAAACCAGACACUAAGCAUGGUUUAAGGCCGGACAGGACUGCUAAGGGAAAGAAACAACAAACACAAUCAGUGUCAAGUUAUCUUGACCCAGAUCCUGUGCUCAGUCAGCGGGGCCUUGCUAAAGACCGGCUGCAGUCGACAGACGGGGAGUCAGAGAGGCCCAGGAAUCAGAAGGACAGGACUGUGGAACAAAACAGAGAGCCGCGUGAACCUUUUGAGAAGAUGGGGGCGGGACGAUACAGCAAGGGGAAAGGUCGAAAAUCUCCACGUCCUGGCAAAGGCUCAGGUCGUGGGUUCAGCCAUCGUAGAGGUCGAAGUGCUGACAGGUUGGACCAGCGUCCCACAACACCAUUGAGCAGCUUUGGAUCCAUGGAAGACCUGGAAUCACUUCCACAACUUCAAAGAGCCAGCUCAAAGUCGUCCCUAUACUCCUCUCGAUCGUCGCUGUAUGACCGGCGCAGACGGCGGAAAGGUUCGACCGGGUCAUACGUGAGUUACCGCGACGACAUCUCGGUGGGCAAGUUCUCCGACGAGGAAGACUCUGACGAUGGCUAUGUGAAACCACUGAGUCGGAUGGAUAAAGAGAGGAUGUAUCGCUCAGACAACGACCUUGGCAGACGAAAGGGAAAGGAGAUUGCCACACAGACAUUGAGAGAGACUGCAACUCAGACUGGGGACGCUGUAGCAGUGAGUGUAGAGAAUAAGUUAUUUUUUACUAAGAAAAAGAAAAGGUCAAGGAAUGUAAGUAGUUCAGGUACACAGACUACAAAGAAAGAUCCGAAAGAGGCUAAACUGCGAUCGAAGUCCACUGAUCAGAUAAAAGAGAAAGAUAAGGUGGUUACAGAGAAAGACAAAAAAAUAGUUGAAGACAAUAAUAAUGUGAUUACUGACAAAGAGAAAAAGGAGACUAAGAACCGCAAGACUAAGCGUGCUAAGAGUGUGAAUGCCCUCGAUACUGAGGAGGAUGAAGUGGAUAUGGUGAAACCCAAACCAAAACCUAAACCCCGCAAAUCAACAAGCGCUAACACUAUACUUGAUGAUUUGCCUAAAAGUGCUUCUCAGGGGAAUUUAGCGGAUCCUAACCUCAAUCUGUACAACCCAGGAAUGGAAAGAUUUCAGCCCCAGCAAGUGCCAGUAGGCUAUCCUGCAGCUCCAGGCAUGCAGCCGACUGGUUACCCGGGGCAACCAGGGGUUACUAUGCAACCACCAUAUCCCAUGUAUCCACCACCAAGUUACCCAGCAACCCAGUACCCACCUCAGACAAUGGUUAACGUGCCUGUGCAUGUUCCCAAACAGAGGAACAAAUCUAACUGGGAAAUGUUGUGUGAGAUGACCGAUGGACAAAAAGCGAGGGAUGAGUUUGCUGAGACUGGAUCAGUGGCAAGCUCUGUGUUCACAAACAAUCCAGCAUAUGGUAACCCCCCUGGAAACCCUUACUAUGGAAACCAGCAGUUUUACAACUAUCCUGUCCCGCCAGGACCCAUACAGCAGCCCAUCAGACACGUCAGCAGUAAUCCAGAGUAUGAAAAUGCUUACACGAGGGCAAAGAGUAAUGAAAAUACAGACUUAAGGGCAGGGCCAACAUCAAAAUUGCAGCCAACUCAGAAAUCUCAACACAGCAGUGGAAGUGGAAGUAGUAAUAGUAAAGCAGAAAGUAUUGUAUAAAUGUGCAAUGUUCAUAAUUAUUU